UCACUAUACAAAUGCCUCUUCCUCUGAUCCAGAGGCAACCGGAAUUAUGACAACAACUCGCAACAUCCCGUAAUUAAUUCUUUAAUGCUCUCGCCGUUUUGUUGUUACGCGUGCACGCCUACCCACGUACUUCGCAGGGCAGAUCCCAUAUACAAGGCUCUAUGUUUCCUAAAUUCUUGCUCCGGCCAUCUUUCUUCCGUGAUAAACAGCGAAGCGUGAGGUCCAGGGUGUCAUCUUCGGAAGCAGGACCCGGACAAUCUGUGAAGCCAAGUGAUGCCAAUUAUCUGGAGGGCCAUAUCUCAUGUAUCCGCUGUUCAUGCUGUGCAGCAGAUAUAUGCCUGACGUCGCAGAUAAUCAGCAAAGGGUUCACGGGUCGCUACGGCCGUGCCUAUCUUGUGUCCGGCGAGCCUUCGCUCGCCCGAAAAGCUUCACCUACUGAUACACUUUUAAACACGGUGAUACAGCAGCCCGUGCCACGGAGACUGGUCACUGGUGCGCACACAGUAGGCGACAUUAACUGUUCCGUUUGCGGAAAUGUGCUCGGCUGGAAAUAUAUCGCUGCCGAAGAAGAGUCACAACGUUACAAAAUCGGCAAGUUCAUCUUGGAGACCGAAAGGGUUAUGAUAUCUUCUUUUUGGGAAUCACCCGACGUUGUUGAAUCAACAUUACUGCCCGCAUAUCCCGGUUCUACUGAGGUUGGACAUGGCCAACCUCCUAACAGUAUAGAAUUUGAUAGCCAGAACGAAGAUGAAUGCGAGGACUUAUUCUCUGGAAUCUGGACCCCUGGGUUGGCCGUACGCCGAAGAAAUCGCAAACUGCCUGAACGCCGAUCUUCUCUAUUCGGAAUCACAGCCCUGUGAUAAUGUUUUAUGCUCUUGCGUCUAAUGGAACUUCAUGAGAUCAUGUUCGAUGAAAUAUCACUCAAGGGCCCACAUCUUCGGAUUGAGUUCAGAAUGGGCAAGGUAGCGUUGUUUAUAUGAAACUGCCUUGCCUUGUGCACCAGACGGCUCUAAUUCCUUAAUCUUUUCACCUUUCCUUCUUUAUGAAUAUGUUGGGAGUUACAUUCAUCGGUA